AUGUAUAAAUACAUCGUAGUAUUCACCAUCGCCAGUGCUGUGGCACUACCAAACCCUGACGAUGUGAAAACAGUGGAUAAAGUUCGCGGAAUCAAAAAGGACUGUGCCAACGGACUUUUAAGCCCCACGUGUUUAAAAAUGGGAGCUAUCACGUUUUUGGAAAAACUUAACAACAAGGAUGAAGUGUCUUUAAUUCCUGGUGUUAGUCUAGUGAAGGAUGGUGGUAAAACUAAUUCCGAAUCAGUGGCUGCGGAUUUAGCUAGAUCGUUCUCUGGUGAUUCUGAUGAGAGGUUGGAUAAAUCUCUGCUGUUCCACGUUGGGAGCUUCCUGGACAGUCAUUCGGUGAAGCUGAGGCUGCUGGAUGAUAAUGCGGUUGAGGAGGCGAAGACGGCGAUGUCUGAAGGCAGAGGAAAGAUGGGGGGACUUGGAGGCAAAAAGGGAGGCAUGGGUGGUCUCAUGGCUAUGGCAAUGAUGAUGAAGGCUUGGGGGACGCCUCUGUCCAGCAGUAUCGAUAAUUUGUGGUCGCUUAUGGUGUUCAGAUAA